AGGAGAAUAGUAGUGGGGAUCGAAAUACGGGCGAAAAAGAGGGGAAGCGAGCCGUGCGGGAUAAAUUAUGAGAUCCCUGUCAGAGAGAUCUGAUAGGACGUAUGUAGUGGACCCUAAACAGCAGGCAGUUCCCGCCUGGCGAUUCAGUGUCAAACGUGGAGCCCUGAGCUCCCUGCUUUUACACGCUUUUUCCUAUACCCUGUCCUAAAGACUACGGCACUAAAAAUUACAUCCUGCGACCUCUGGAGACCUACGUUCCCAUUGCGUUAACGAUGCCAUUGCGGUACUGUUGCGUCUGUAUAGCUAGACCUUUAUCCAGCUAGGCCCUUUUCAACAUACUUGAAAUUAAUUUCUUCGUCAUUAUAAUCGUAUAAAAUACGUUCUAAUGAAAACGUAUUUCGGAUUCAUUUCAGCAUGUGCGUGGCAUCCAAGAAUACACGGACUUUAUAGCCAUUUGGUUGUUUGAAACUGCUUUCCUUCUCUAAAAUAUCGGCGCUCAGUCUGCGGUAUAUAUAUAUAAUGGUAAAUGAUAGCGAAACGUUCUUCCACAUCAUUGGCACCGGAAGCUUGCCGGAAGGAGUUUCUGGUUUAAUAGGCAGCCUGUUCCUAGCUCAGGAAAAAGGUGAAUUAUCUUUCCACCAUAAGACGUUGACGAAACAAAGGAACUCCAUAGAUCCAAUCCGAUUCUCGAACGUGGACAAGAUCCGCAACUCAGCAAAUUCACAAGGCCUAGUUUAUACCGCUCGGAUUCCUAAUACACAUAACGAAAAUUCUUUACAUAAUGAAAUCGACUACGACGACGAGUGCAAUUUAAACGAGCACGAGGACUCGCAACUAAGCGAACUAGACAUUCCCGAAAGACCGCAUACCCCACUAACUGAAGAACAGCUGUUAGAUUUAGAAGAGGAAGACGUGUGCGACUUGGAAAUUGAAAACCGCGACCCAGAGGAAAGAUUGGAUCUUAUUAUGAAUGCUCUGAAAUUAAAGCACCUUGAUGAACCAUCGAAAGACCUAGUAAAGGAAAUCGUAGGAAUGUAUGCCGACUGUUUUUUCAUCCCCGGAGAGCCCUUAGGAAAAACCAACGCAAUCCAGCACACCAUAACCGUCACCGACAACAAUCCCGUGUUCGUGAGGCAGUACCCAUUCGUACAAUUAUCGGAUCGUGCCAAAGAAACCGGAUUCUUAAGGCAACAAACGCUGGCGAAUGGUGGUAGAUUACAGAAAAUUAAACGCAAUCACCAAGGAUGAUAAAUUUCCGAUUCCUCGUAUCUCGCAAAUUUUGGAUCGAUGAGGCGGAGCAAAAUUCUUUACAGUUUUCGAUUUGGCAAACGGCUUUCACCAAAUCCCCAUGGCGCCAGAGGAUACAGAGAAGACUGCAUUCACCACGCCUGAAGGACACUUCGAAUACACUCGAAUGCCCUUCGGACUGAAAAAUACACCUGCUACUUUUCAGAAAUUAAUGCAGAAAAUCCUAUUCAAACUAAUCGGAAAAAUUUUAUAUGUUUAUUUGGACGACGUCGUAAUUUUUGCAAACACACUGGAAGAAAUCAAAGAACGCCUGCAAACAUUCUUAGACGUAAUUAGAAAACACCGUUUGACGUUACAAACCGAUAAGGCCGAAUUUCUGAAAUCUGAAGUAACAUAUUUAGGACACAUCAUAACGGCAAAUGGAGUUAGACCGAAUCCGAAGAAGAUUAAGGUAGUCGCUGAAUUCCCAACUCCUAAAACAAAGAAAAAUAUUAAACAAUUCCUAGGACUUGUCAACUAUUAUCGGUUAUCAUGUCAAAUAUUAUCGAUUUAUCCCGGACUUGGCAAAACGGGCAAAACCUUUAACCAGUGUGACCAGUCCUAAGAAACCCUUUAUCUGGACCGAAGAGCAACAGAAGAGCUUCAAGGAACUUAGACAUGCUCUAUGCAACGAGCCCGUCUUAAGGUAUCCCGAUUUCAACGAGCCGUUCAUUAUCACGA